GCUUUUCCUCUGUUUUUCUCAAGCACAUUGAGCUGACAGCUCCACAAGCAAGAUGGCUGCCAUCAAAAGACAGAGCCUUCAGCUGAGGGUCAUGUGAUCUAGUCUCUCUUCUUUAGGAUCUCUAUGAACACAGCAGCAAACAGUCUAGCAGCCAGUGCUGCAAGCAGACUUGCUGAAAGCUCUGAAGACUUGAAGGUUUUCUGCAAUCUGUGGAGCAUCAAGAAUACAGAUAGAUGAAAUGCAUGUUGAUUCUAUUACUUGGAUGCUCCUUCAUGUAUUACAAUUUUUAAAGAGAAUUGUGCUUGAUCUGGGGGUACACUCACAGAAGGUCACAUAGGAUUAUGGUGGGGUUUGUUUUUGUUUUUGUUUUUUUUGGUUCAUUGAAGACUGGAGUGGUAUCUGUUUUAGGAUUUAAAAAAUUAUAUUUCAUGGGAAACAGCUGGUGCUCUGUGGAAGCCAUUGAACAUUCAUUUACUUUUCUCUGAAUGGAAUUUAAGUAUCUUCUCACUAUCAAGACCAUAUAUGCAAAAUUAAUUCAUUUUUCACAGUAAGAAAAGUGAAUAUAGUGUGUUAGGACAGUUGUAGGAGACUUGGCACUGAAAAAGAGAUGCUUUUCCUCUCUUUUGUGAAAAAGCUAAGCAAAGACUGAGAACAGGGGAAAAAACAUAGUUGAUUUUUCUGUAAGUUUUCCAAUCCUAUUUUAAUGUACAAUAAAUUGUUUUUAUUGUGAUCUGCUGGGAGGGUGACGUAUGGUGUGGACUGGAUUUUUCUCAUUCAUGUUUGUUGCAGUAAAACAUGCUGAGGAAACACUGUGACAUGGAGAAACAAGAAAUAUGGGAAAAGUAAUAGCAGGGCAGAAUCAUGUUUUUCUCCCUUCUUUCCUUUCCUGAGUAUAAUGAUUCAUGAGGUAGAGACAUGACAAGUCAAACCUGCUUUCCAGGACACAAAUUCAGUGAAGACUUUGCUGGGUACAAUGAACUUGGCUUUAUUCACAAAAGCAGUUCUUUUGCCUGUACGCUCUGUUCAGUGAAAAGCACUGGUUCAAUCAUGUGUGAUUAUUAGGUAGGGAGAAGGAAGAAAACACUCACCAUGGGGUACAAUGGAAGCUGGAUUUCAAGGAAUGAAAGUGACCAUGCCCUAUACCAGGAUGUUACCAGAGCUGUAGAAAUUAGCAAUGUGUCUAAUACACAAAUUGUGUGGAACAAUAGAAGCUACAAUGGGAUUGGACCCUUGGAAAAUGGGGAGUACAGUGAGGAGCAAACCUACAGACAUUUCACUACCACUGUGCAAAUUGUCAUCUUUAUAGGCUCUCUGCUGGGAAACGUCAUGGUGCUGUGGUCGACCUGCAGAACAUCAGUAUUUAAAUCAGUAACAAACCGCUUCAUUAAGAACUUGGCCUGCUCUGGGAUCUGUGCCAGUCUAGUCUGUGUGCCUUUUGAUAUUGUCCUUAGUGCCAGUCCACACUGCUGUUGGUGGAUCUACACCAUGCUCUUCUGUAAAAUUGUCAAGUUCUUGCAUAAAGUCUUCUGCUCAGUGACCAUCCUUAGUUUUCCUGCCAUUGCUUUGGACAGGUACUACUCAGUUUUAUACCCAUUGGAAAGAAAGAUCUCUGAUGCGAAGUCUCGAGACCUGGUUAUCUACAUCUGGGCCCAUGCCGUGGUGGCCAGCAUUCCUGUAUUUGCUGUGACUAAUGUGUCUGAUAUUUAUGCCAUGUCCACCUGCACAGGAUCCUGGAGCUACUCCCUAGGCCACUUGGUCUAUGUCAUUAUUUAUAACAUCACCACUGUUAUUGUACCGGUGGCUGUGGUGUUUUUCUUUAUGAUUCUUAUCCGCAGAGCACUGAGUGCUAGCCAAAAGAAAAAAGUCAUCAUAGCUGCCUUAAGAACGCCUCAGAACACUAUUUCUAUUCCCUAUGCCUCCCAGAGAGAAGCUGAGCUUCAUGCCAUGCUGCUCUCCAUGGUUAUGAUCUUUAUUUUCUGUAGCGUUCCCUACGUGACUCUGAUGAUUUACCGUACCAUACUCAACAUAUCAGAUAUUUCAAUCUUUUUGUUCCUCACUGCCAUCUGGUUGCCUAAAGUCUCUCUGCUAGCCAAUCCUUUGCUCUUUUUGACUGUAAACAAAUCUGUACGGAAGUGCUUAGUGGGGACAAUAGUGCAGCUACACCGGAGGUAUAGUAGGAGGAACAUUAUCAGCUCUGGGAGUGUUGCAGAUACCAACUUGGAGCCCAAUGUCCGCUCUGGUAGCCAGCUUCUGGAGAUGUUUCACAUUGGGCAGCAGCAAAUCUUUAAGCCAACAGAGGAUGAUGAGGAGAAUGAAACAAAAUCCAUUGGUUCUGGUGACUUUCAGCAGAAGGAAAUCCCUACCACCAGUUUAGAGGUAGAACAGACGUUCAUUCAGAAAUGUCUACAACACACCAUUGCAGACUCGGCUGCUCAGGUGGCUCCUGCCAUGCCAACAGAAGGCGAGCUGGUCAAUGAUAAAUAUUCAAUGCAGUUUGGCUUUGGACCUUUUGAGUUGCCUCCACAGUGGCUCUCAGAAAAUCGGAAUAGUAAGAAGCGACUGCUGCCUCCCUUGGGGAAUACCCCUGAAGAGCUCAUCCAGACAAAGCAGCCCAAGUGCAAAGCAGAAAGAAAAAUCAGCAGGAACAAUAAAGUCAGUAUCUUUCCCAAGGUGGAUUCCUAGUAAGAGCAGGAGCUAUGAAUAACAAAGGAAGGCCACUUUCUACAGUACGUGAUCCCAUGGAUCAUUGUUAUGCUGAAAUUUGUUACAGGCUGAUUUUUGUGCCAAAUACAUAAAAACAAAAGGGAAACAUAUAACAGAAGUGUUCCUUAUGAAUGUGUUUUCAUCAAAUAUCUACUGGUGUCAUUCCUGCUUUAUUUGUGAAAUCCAGACGGUAGUACAGGUCUGAUUCACUUCCAAAGGGUAUGUAUGGCUUUGUGUACAUUUCCUGUGAAACUUUCAUGAUGCGGUCUGGCAGCUGGUUUACUGGGCACUCCAGUGUUUAGUAAAAUGAAAACAUAACUAUUCUGUGUUGCAUCAGCAAGCCAAUAGGCAGGACUUCAGGGAGCACAAAAUGGAGGCAAAAUAGGUAGGCCAUGCCCCUUCUACACAAAAAUGGACAGAGCAAGUUUCUGAGAGUUUCAUUAAUGAAAUAUAAAAAGAUGCCCUUUCUCUUUAGCUGAUCUCUUACAGCAAAGUAAAAAAAUUGCCAUGUCAGGAACAGCCCCUAGGUUUCUUAUGCAUGUUACUCUUCUCUUCCUUUUGUAGCCCAGUUAUUUUCUCAGUUAAAGUAUGCUCACUUUUGGCCUAAAAAGGAUCAACUAGCAGAGAAAGCCCAAUUACUGGUGUAGGAGGCCCCCCCAGAUUGUUUAGAAAUUAACAGAAAAAAACUUAUAAAAUAGCCAUUUCCUCCCUUUAAAAACAAAUGCAUUUCCUGUAGUUUAAUGAAAAGUAGACUGUAGUCCAUGUGAUACAGUUUCUUCCCAAAGGAGCAUGCAUAGAUGUGCCUAGGGCAUGAGCCAAUGGCAGUUAGAUCCCAUGGUGAUGUGCAUGGUGCAUAUGCCUACUGGGUGCAUGAUUUCGGCAUGCUGUAAAUAGCCAGAGUCCUGGGUAAAUAUGUGGUCUGCUUGUGCCCUCUUCUUUUGACUGUUUUGUGAAAACACAAGGCAUUACCUUUAUUUGCCUGCAUUUCUCAAGGUGCAGAAAUUGUAAUACCUUUUUAAAAAGUGAUGUUGCAGCAAGCUGAUGGUUAGCCUCCGAACGGAAUAAAUGUAAGUGCCAUUCUUUACUCUUGGCGGGAGUAGGGAGACAGCACAACCCCUAAAUUUCCUUUUAGUGGUGGGCAUAAACCCCAAAUACGCUAAUUGUAAUUUACACCACUCAUCUCAUACUAGAUCGGGGUGGCCAACCUGAGGCUGAGAAGGAGCCAGAAUUUACCAAUGUACGUUGCCAAAGAGCCACAGUAAUACGUCAGCAGCCCCCCAUUAGCUUCUCCCCUCACCUGCUCCCAGUGCCUCCCACCCACCAUCAGCCCCAUCGAUUAGCACCUUCCCCGCCCUCCCCGCACCUCCCGAUCAGCUGUUUCGUGGUGUGCAGGAGGCCUCGGGGGAAGGAGGAGA